AUGUCUUCUGCUAGACAAAAUAUACCACAGGUUCGAAAUCCAACAUUACCAUCUCAAACAACUCCUGAACAAAGAUAUUGGAGAAGUUAUGUUAAUCCGCAAUUAAUAAAAGAAAAUCACCCAAUAAAUCAUAUAGAUUUUAAUCCAAUUAGUCCUUAUGAUUUUGCAGUAACUUCAUCAACUAGAAUACAAAUCUUUUCAUCAAAAACAAGACAAGUUUUGAAAACAUUUUCAAGGUUUAAAGAUGUUGUAUAUUCAGCAAAUUUUAGAUAUGAUGGUAAAUUAUUGGUUGCAAGUGAUGCCACGGGUUUAGUAUCAAUAUAUGAUUCUUAUCAACCAAGAAAUUUAUUAGUCAGUCUUAAUCCAAGUUCACAUCAAACUCAUGUUGCCAAAUUUCAUUCGACUAUAGGGAAUCGAUUAGUUACUGGUUCAGAUGAUAGAAUUUUAAGAUUAUACGAUAUUUCACAGACUACAAAAGGUCCAAUUUUACAAUAUAAUGAUAAUUUACAUGAUGAUUAUAUAAGGUCUAUUAAUUUUAUCCCCGAAAAUCCAAAUUUAAUAAUAAGUGGUUGUUAUGAUGGAAAUGUGAGAAUAUUUGAUACAAGAGACACUUUGAAACCAAUAACUACAUUUCAACAAUCAAAUCUUGUGGAAGAUGUAAUAGCAAUAUCCCCAACAACGAUUGUAAGCUCUGGUGGUCCUGUUGUUAAAAUAUGGGAUCUUACAAAAAACUCACAAAUUCAUGAAUUGAAUAAUUUUACAAAAUCAACAACAUGUUUAUAUGAUACAAAAGAAAAAGGUUUAUUAGUAGGUUCUUUAGAUGGUCAUGUAAAAGUUUUUGAUUAUAAUUCGACAAAUUGGAAUGUUUCAUUUGGUUGGAAAUUUUCAAGUGGAGGUGUUUUAUCUUGUGGUGUUUCACCAAAUAAUUAUAAACAUUUUGUAACAGGUUUAACUUCAGGUUUAAUAAGUAUUAGAACAAAAGAAUUGGAACCAAAGGUGCAACAAGGUACUAAAACUGAAGUUUCAAAUGCAUAUGCUAGAAUGAUGAAAGGUAGAGAUUAUUCAGGUGAUGAAGAACAUAGAAUAGUAACAAAUACAUCAACACCAAUUAAUAAUAAAAAAUUGAAACAAUUUGAAAAAUAUUUAAAUCUGUUUAAAUGGAAUGAAGCUUUAGAUUCUGCAUUUUCACCAGGUUUACCAAAAGAACAAACAAUUACAAUUUUAAAUGAAUUGAAAAAGAGAGGUAAAAUAAGAAUUAGUUUGUAUGGUAAAGAUGAAAUAAGCUUAUUACCUAUAUUAAAUUGGUUUAUUAAAAAUUUAGAAGAUUUAAGGUCGUUUGAUUUAAUAAGUGAUUAUAUUGGUAUAAUUUUAGAAAUGUAUGGUACAUUAAUUGAUAAAUCAGUUUUAUUGGAAGAAGCAUUUAAUAAUUUAUUAAAGAAAAUAUCAACAGAGAUAAAGAAAAGUAAAGAGGCAAGUGAAAUAAGUGGUAUGUUGGAAUUAUUAACUGUAUAG